GUUCAAUAUUUCCAAGCUGUUGCCAAUAAAAUGCAAAAACCUCCCUUUCAAUGACCCCGACUUUCCUCAAAAGUUCAAAAUGUAAAUUCCACCCUCCACACUUCAACUCAACAAAAUCUGCAUAAAAUGCACCUGAUCUAGUCACCGUUGGCCCAAGACAGACCACCACACAUCGGUUUAGUCGCCACAAUGUCUUGCCGCGGACUACUUCGAUUGGCCAUCCUGCUGGCCACCAUCCUCGCUCCGGUGACAGUGGUCCUUGCCACCGACAAGGAGGCCGCCACCCGGAUCGUCGAUUCCAAAUGCCUGGACUACGUCAACAUGGUGUCGACCCCGCACGACAUCAUCACGCUCGACCUGGACUCGCCCGUUCGGCAGUCGUACACGCUGCAGUGUCCGCUGCAGAAUCCGUACGUGGUCGGCGGGAAGGCGGUCCAGAAGGACGAGUUCCCGCACAUGGUGGCGCUCGGGUAUGUUGCGCCGGCUUUCCAAAGAAACAAUUGGAAGUUCCAGUGCGGCGGAACGCUCAUUAGCGAACUGUUUGUCCUGACGGCGGCCCACUGUAUCAAUCGGGAUUUGCGGAUCGCUCGGUUGGGGGUUGUGGACGUCGACGAUCCGGACGCGCAGGAUUUUCGAAUAGAGGAGGAAAUCAUCCACGAAGAGUACUCUCCCACGACCAAGUACAACGACCUGGCGCUGCUUCGUCUGGACCGGAACGUGACCAUAACGUUGCACCUGCGACCGGCCUGUUUGGCGACGGAUCGUGCCGAGCGGAACCGACGGGCAACUGUGACCGGAUGGGGCAAGACAGGGAGGGUUUCCGAGCUGUCUAACGUGCUGAACAAGGUGUCGCUGGACGUUCCGGAGGAUCGACGGGCUUGUGCCCGGAUGUACAGUGGUCCCGGUAAGGCAAAACUUGUGGACAGCCAGAUUUGUGCCGGGUCGUUGGCCGGGGAUCAGGACGCCUGCCAGGGCGAUUCCGGCGGACCGCUGCAAGUGUUCGAUGAGGACAAGUGCCGGUACCACCUGCUCGGAGUGGUUUCCUAUGGGAAGAUCUGCGGCUCGGCGGAGUACGGCGUGUACACGCGCGUUUCGCGCUACCUCGAGUGGAUUGUGGCCCGGGUUUGGCCGGACGAGUGGGCGCGGAAGGAGGAGUGGGACUAUUGAUUUUACGACAUUUAAUAUUUUUUUUUUGAACAUAAAUUGUCGAAAAUUAAAUAAACUUAACUAAUUAUUUUUUCUGAUUUAAGUCGACAACCUGUAAAACCUGCCCCUCAAUCGCUCCUCUUGACAACAACCUGCCUACUGCGAUGACCUCACGGGAAUCUUACCUGUCCCAACAUCAAACGGGUACUUUUCUGGUAGCUUUCCCCCAAGCUGUCCCCUAAGGUCACAUAACCUCACCCAAGAAAAAAGAAACCUCCUGUCAUUACUUCGCAUCAAUAAAAUUCCCUUUUU